CUGUGUAUACACAUUUGACAUUUUCUUGUUAGCUGGAUUACAGUUACCUGAAGUGAGAUCAUUUCUGCAAAAAAAAUGGCAUAAAUUGGUAUGUCAGACUGCGGUCCCGCUUGUCAGCCUCCGCCUCGACGCCUUCCUAGUCCCGGCCUCCGUUGCGUCAAAACAUCGAACAGCUUGCGCGCACGCGCCGCCCACCAGUUCAGUGAUCCGCCGCAACCGUCCAAUGUCCGGCGUCGCCCUCGCCGUCGCCGACGCGGUGUGGGAGCAGGUCAAGGCCGCGGGUCACGCCUCCGACGAGCACCUGUCCAUCCUCGAGCACCUGUUUGGAAAGAACAUGCUGCGGGCCUGCAAGAUCCUCGACGAGGGCGGCGUCCGCCGCGUCACCGGGGUGCCUAGCGGCCGCUCGCUCUUCCUGGUGAUGGGGGAGUCCAAGAGGAAGGAGGAGUACAUCUGCUUCCCGGAGCACCUCUGCACCUGCUACUCCUUCUUCUAUGACAUCGUCGGCCGGGGGGAGCAGCUCUGUUGCAAGCACCAAAUAGCAGCGCGGCUUGCGGAGGCUGUAGGAAAACACCAGGAAAUGGAGGUGACUGAUGAGGAGCUCGCUCACAUGCUUGCUAAGCUCUGAAUGUAUUGUUUGAGGAUUUCACUGAUGCACGUAAUGUUUUUGAAUGUCUGUCUUUUAAGGGGUUCCCUCACAAAUACUCCCUCCGGUCCAAAUUAAUUGUCGCAGCUUUGGUCACAUUUGGUCUGUUUAGGUUCGCUCAUUUUGAAAAAAAGCUGCGAUCAGAGGGUAUUCUUAAAAGACCGAGCUCAGCAUAGUGAAGUAUUCUUAUCAACUUGGUAAGAUACUUCUAAAUGAAUGAGUUUCUCGGAAAAAAAAGGUUGCUCAAAAAUGAGAUUAAAAAAAAGUUAUUCCUGAAUGCUAGGUUUUCACUAUAUAGGCUUUCAAAAUCCUUUGCCCACAGUGGUAUGCCACGUGAACUUGUAUGGAAAAGGUGUGCAAGAAGCAAUGGUAAAAUCUUCAGCAUUAGGAUAUCAUCAUCUUCCCUCUUUUAUUGAUCAGUCAGUAUUACCUUCUUUUCUUGUUGUAUUAAUGGGCUAACUUACAAGAACGAGGCGAGAUGUGUGAAACUGUGGUUCUUUGAUUCCUAUGCACUGGUCGCUAAA